UCUUUACGUUUCUUGUACCUCUCUCCUUCCGUAUUAUAUUUUAGCUUCCAACGGGGGUUUAUGCAUUAAUCCAAGACUCUUCUCAGAGAUUUUGGGUUUCUGUUCUUCUCUUCUGGGUUUCCGUUCUUCUGCUCUCACAAUUCACAGCAACAAAUAAAUACCAAUUUGAUGUAGAAACUGAGUGGGGGAAUUACAAAAUACCAGUAGACAUACAACGAUUCUGUAAAGUUUAAUAUAUGAUCAGUAUGGAUGUGAAAGGUAUAACCUGGGUUGGGGGUGUAUACCAGAAAUUUGAGACAAUGUGCUUGGAGGUAGAAGAAGAUAUGUACCAGGACACAGUCAAAUUUGUUGAAAAUCAGGUACAGACUGUUGGUGCAAGUGUUAAGAAGUUCUAUGCAGAUGUAAUGCAAGAUUUGGUUUGUGACUCUGCAAUGGAUCCAGAGGCUGUGCCUGCCUCUGGGGACCCUGUAGAAAAUAAUUUUCAUGUUGAUAGUUCUAAAAAAUCAAGGGUUAGCAAGAAAGGAGAGCCGGUAAAAGUUGACGUUGAAAAAGUAAAUGGGGAUUCAGAGGUGAUUACUGCAAUGAAUAUGGAUGUGGACCAUAAAUCAUUGUUCCAUGGACAGCACAUGGAUGAAUAUCGCAUGCUAUCCUCAGGGAAUUGUGCAAGAGGAGCGUGCUUUGAUGUAUACUCAAGACAAGACCAUGAUAGGAGUAAUUUUAAUAAUUCAAACUCGGUUGUCAAAGAAAACCCAAUCAAGGACAGAUUUCCCAGGGCAAUAACUCCUGUUGAAUCUGAUUUGAGCAGGCACUCAACAUCCUGCCGUGUAAAUUUGGAUGAUACCCAUGAAGUUUCGAGCGACCAUAGAGAUACACCUAUAACCCCAUCUAUAACCGAAGGUGUAACGUGUAAGUUCACAAGGGAAAGUUGUGUGAUUGCAAAUGCAAGCCAAUGUACAGCUGAUGCUUCAGUUGACUGCCGAACAUCUAAUAUGUUUGUUUUGGAUGAAUUGGAAGCAAAAGGGUGGAAGGAAAUAUUAGAUUCAUCCUUUGGUUGCUCAUCAGUAGAAAGAAAUGGAUCCUCUCCAAGUGGACAAGCACACUGUGAAAAAAAUGCUGACAAGGAAAUUUCUUCGUCUCAUCCUGGAGGUUUGCAUGACUCAACUGAGAGUAAUACUGUUGUAGAUGGAACGGAAACCAUUCAACAAUCUGAAAGGGCAAAGCUUGAGGAGACUUGUGUAAUGGUGACUGGUGAGGAUGUUCAUUUUGUUCCUCAUAUGGAAGGCAAGCGUAGGCCUUACAAGAAAAAAAUUCAGAAUGCCUUGAGAAUGAGGUCAGCAAGGAAGCAAGAGUAUGAGCAGCUUGCAUUAUGGUAUGGGGAUGACGGGAAAUCAAAUGUAGAAAGUGGAGAACGUCUCGGGCAUUCUCCGACUCUGGAGGAGACACAGAAAUCACCAGCUCAUGAAUUUUGUGAAUCUGAAUGGGAGAUUCUCUAGGUACCUUGUAAAAGCUUGUGUAAAUAAACCGCCUCACUGCAGCCUCUCCUUGCUGAUCAUGGUGCCAUUCAAAAUUCCUAGCUUAGGAUAAAAUUUGUACCGAAGUGGGUAAAAUGCCCAAUUGUCUCAUGCUCUAGUAUCGAGUAUAUUAACAAUUAUGUAAUGGCCAUAAGAUUAAGUACUUGGAAUUUAUAUUACAAUCGGCUCCGACCCAAUAGGGUCCUACAUUUAUUGUCACC